AGUCAUUCGGUUUGACUUGCUUGAACACUGGAAGAACAGUUGCUAAAGUAUGGCAUUGAAUAAGUGUGGUUUUGACAAAGUUUUGAAAUUAACACCCCUUUUAAAACACAGAAACUACCCUUUGGUAAGUUAUAACUUUAUUUAUUUCCUUGUAUUCAUUUUAUUUCCUGAAAAUUCCAUGGUUCGUUCGAAUGAUUAUUGUGGUACAGAUUUGUAAAUGUGCGAAAGAAACGUUCGAUUAUGAAUUUGAGCCACCAGUGAAAUGAGUGACUGGAUAAGUUGUCAGUAAAGUUUAUUAUGUUUCGAUACGGGUUGAUAUUGUUUUCGCUUUAUUUUGUAUAUCACAAUGAAGCCGUCAUGUUAACUGUUGUGAUGUUGAUUAUUCGCGUUCUGAGCUAAGAUGACCUCAACAAUUCGUUGAUAAUCGAGGACCUAAGGUAAUCUGUUCUUCUCUUCAAAAGAAAAAGUAGACAGCAGUGUCGAAUCAGAUUAAAUUGCUUGAAAAAGAGAAAUAUUAAUUCGACUGAAUUUUGCUUAUUUCCUGUGGCUUUAAUGAAAAAGGAAAAUAUUAAAGCGUGACUUUAUCAGCUUAGACGUGCGUGACGCGCGUUACAGUUCAUACGUUAACAGUCAGGACACACUUGGCAUUAAGUUGAAGCCACAAUAAUUAAUUUUGUAUUUUCAAAUAGGUUGUGUUAGGUUGCAAAUUCUCAACAAGUUCAUCAAGAAAUCUACAUUUCUACAAUAAUGCAGAAGAAGCUGUGAAAGACAUUCCACAUGGUGCAAAACUGCUUGUAGGAGGUUGGUUUAAUUGUGCGAUACAGUGUGUGUGUUUGCUUAAUUUUUUUCAAGUUUAUGCCCACUGCCGUCACUGUGGUCGACCAAUUUCUUCCACUGAAAAAUACAUGCACAAGUAUUCCUUUUAUAUGAAACCAAUUUCUAAUCAUACCAAAAUUUAGGCCUCUAUAGUCAUUUGAAAAUUGCACUCUAAAAUUUGGGACAAAUUAUAGGUUUGUUUAGUCUUAGAUUUAUUUAGUUUGAAGUAUGAGUGCCAUCAUCAAUUCUAUGUUUGUUCAGCAAACAAGGACAUUUUGAACUAACACUAUGUGUUUUUGGGAAAGGGAUGAAUCUAUGACUGAAAGACACUGAAAUUCCACUAUAUUGCUCAGUUCCAUGUGAAUGGAGAGAAAAUGUUGCAGUUUUUCUUGCGAACAAAAUAAGCAAUCAGAUUGUCAAACAGUAUCAGUUUUUUCUGUAUAAUAUGAAUGUAGCCUAAUUUAAAGUUGGAAAGGGAUCAAGUUUUUGCGUGACCCACUUGUGGCUGCAUGUAUGAGCUUGACAACUCAAAGGACACAGAGGAAGCCCAAUAAAAACUAAUUAUCCUAGCAUCUGUGUCUUUCUUAGUCUGUCUAAGUACCAGAGUGUGGGUUGCACUACUGUACAUAAAUGAACAUAUACAGACAGGAUUGGUAUUAAAUUAACAAGAGGUCAAUACACUAGUUCAUAUUUCCAUGCAAGAAGAAUAAAAUAAUACAUCUUACAAAUAUUUUGUAUGAAAUUUUCUUAGAACUGACUUUCCCCCUUAACAUAUUUCUUUUUCUUUGCAAGGGGGGAGGAGGCACAAUGUAGAUAAUGAUUUCUAUUAAAUGAUAUAAGUAGGUUUUUUUUCUCAAUAGUGGCCAAAUAAAUUUAAGACGGGACCAUUUUAUUAAUUUUUAAAUGCCCAGGAUUUUACUAGCAGUUGUAACAUCCCUUAUAUAUUUGUGGUUAAAAUCAUAACAGAUUUUGGUGUUUUCUUGGGAUACACUCUCUUGAGUUGAUAAGUACGUCUGUUUUCAUAAUCUUUUUGCUAGAUAGUAUAUUGAAACUGUGAAGAGAAGUUACAUUAAAAACAGCGAUUAAUAUAUGGUUAAAUUCUUGUAGCUUACAUUCACUGAUCUUUGCCAGUAGAAUAAAGGAAUUCUGAAUCAACUUUAGAUGAAACAGUGUGACUGUACAGUAUAAAUGAUUUUAAACUUGUUACAUAAAGUUGAAUAUCCUAUUUUCCAUACUAUAAAUAGGAUUUGGACUGUGUGGAAUUCCUGAGAACCUGAUAGAUGGUCUUCUGAAGACAGGAAAAAAAGAUUUGACAUGUGUCAGCAAUAAUGCAGGGUAAUUAAGUCUAUAACAAGCCCAGCAUAUUUUAUGAAGUCAGUUGCAUAAUUAUGUACCAUACAUAAUUAUUUAGAGUAAGGUUGUCAGAAAAAAGGAUGUAAGUGCAUGUGAUAACCCUGAAAAGUUAUAUUAAAAGUUUUCAGGUCAUGUUUCCUUGACCUCAGAAUUUCAUGGAAAUCUGGGAAAAUGUCACCUUGAGGUCAAGGCAGUGUGGGUUUAAUGAAUAUAUUUAUUUAUUUGACCAAAUAAAACUAAUUGAUCACCAGAUAUAUUCAAAUACUUAGGCCUUUUUUUCUGACACCCUUUCCCAAAACAGCUGUAUACUAAAUAAAACAUGCACUGUUGCAAACAGUAGGGAAAUGAUCAGUUAGUUGCAGUCCUAAUUCAGUGCAUUGAAAACUUGCUCAAAAUAAAGCUAUGUUGAGGUCAAAAUGGAACUGAACACAAGUAUAAGUCAGACUGUCACAAAUUAUUCUGAACCAAUUAUUUUGAAUUGUCAUUCAUUAUGAUAUUACUAUUGAUUUAUAUGAUUGUUGAAUUAAUUUCCAGGGUGGAUGACUUUGGUCUUGGCUUGCUUCUUAAAACAAAACAGGUUUGUUGAGACCAUAUUUGAUAUUGACAGUGGGGGGAGGGGAAGGGGAAGGGGAGGGCAGGCUAUGAAAUUGCACCUAAUACAGGCACCAAUGUGACUAAAUCUUUCACUUUGGCUACCAAAUCCUGAAAAUUAGUUGCCAGAUUGGCGACUAGAAUGCGUCAUCAUAACCUUACCUAGAGAUAUAGUGAUCAGAAUUAAAAAGAUUUGCAAAGAUAAAUCCGUGGCAAACUUCCUCUUUAAGUUUAUGUCCAAAACGCAGCACAUGCAUCUUGAUCGAUAACUAGAUGCAAUCUUUGGUUUAAAUGAGCUUGAACGUUAUAUAUCAUCCAUCCUAGUGUUCACUUUGUAUUACAUUAAAGAUCUUUUCCCUAACUUAAUUUUGGAGGGUCUAUCUAGAACGCUGACAGCGUAAUUAAAAGGUUUUGUUUGUCUGUAAAAAUGGCGAGAAACUUUUUUUGAAUUGGCUACCACUUUGAAAAAUUUAGGAGCCAAGUGGCUAUCAGGAAAAAAAAAAACUAAUUUCAUGCCCUGGAGGGAGGGUAGUGGUCCAGUAUGGUCAGCUAAGUCAACUGCAUUGUAAAGUAUGAUUAAUAACUGAGUGAAUCUUGCCCUCUCAUUUGUUGAUAAAACUGGUGUGUUUUGAUGAGAAAUUAUAAUAAAUGCCAGAUUAAAACUCCUCUACAAUUGGUAAUUGUAUUUUUUUAUCGGCUGAACAAUUUUUUCACUACAGGUUAAACGGAUGAUUUCUUCAUAUGUUGGGGAGAAUGCUGAAUUUGAACGACAAUACCUUUCAGGAGAAUUGGAGGUGGAACUCACACCUCAGGUGACUUAUUUGUUUCCUUGGUUUAAAACCAUUCAGAUUACUGGGAGAGUUUUCCCCAUUAUUUCUUGGAAAUCAUCUCAUUGAAGAAAAUCACAUUAUUGAGCUCUUGAACAUGGAAAAUCUCCUUCAAACAUGAAUGAGUAUAUUAUUAGAAGAAAGAAUGCUGAGGAAAAUGAAAUAUCUAGUAAUUAUUGAACAAGAAUUUGCUGAAUGUGAUUACAAAUUGGAUUAAUUCAUGAAUUCAACAAUAUUCACUUCACCUGAAUUAUUACAGUGUUGUAUAAUUACUCAUGUGCUUUUGAAUUUUGUUAUCAAGUUUUUUUGUUGUUGAAACCAUUCUGUUGCAAUGUUUGAUUACUUGUGCAGAAAUAAGAAGUCGGUUUCCACUAGAAUUAAACAGUUUUAUUCAAUUCUAUCAGCAAAACCUUCACAUUGUUCUUUUGAUUUAUCAUGCCAAACUUUGUAGAAUUUUCUGUGCUCUUCAGAAUUGUAUAUUCUUUUAUCCUGUUUAUCACUUCCUGGGUAAUACUGAGAAAACAAGAGGCAGCCAUUUUGAAAUCUAGUACCCCUGCUAUUUUCACCUUGCACAAGUUGAUUAUAGAGAAAUAUGAUGCAAUCCUUGACCAUUCAGAGUGCAUAGCAGAGCAAUUAUACUAAAUUGAGUUAUUGAUAAAUAAGUGCACUAAGUGUGGCUAUUUUGAGAUAAACAUGAUUUCAUCAUACCUCUUCUUUAGGGUGCCUAUAAAAGACAAAUUUUGUGAUAAAAUGAAAACCUGAUAGUCACAGAACUAUAGAAACUGUUAAGACAGAAUGUAGUUUCAUUUCAAUGCAGAUCUAUAAUCUGGUGUUUUGUCUCUGUCAGGGAACCCUUGCUGAGAGGAUCAGAGCAGGGGGAGCAGGAAUCCCUGCUUUCUACACCCCUACCGGAUAUGGGACCUUGGUGCAUCAUGGUGGCUCUCCUAUAAAAUACAGCAAGGAUGGGUCCAUUCAAAUUGCUAGCCAACAACGAGAGGUACCAAUUCAGACACUGAUCUUGAUUCUCUAAUUCCAAGUAAUAAUUUUCCUCUGCUUUAAAGAGGGCCCUUUGCAUAUAAAAUUCAAUGACUUUUGUACUCUUGUGGGAUAUGGCAGCUGUAAUAGAUAAAGUGAUUAAAAGAGGACUUUACAAUGCUCCAAGCAAUACAGCUGGCUUAUGUUUUUGGAGAUUCAUGCCAUAAUCCCAAAAUUAUUAUGGGUGAAAAUCUUGAGGUAACAAUUCGCAGUUACUGCAGAAAGUGAUGAAGAAUAGUGAACUUUGACUUAAGACCAUAGAAAACAUGACAUAAAAUCAUUGCAACUUGCUACAUAACCACAGAUAAACAAAUUGGUGAUUUAUGCAGCAAAAUUAGGUGGCAAAAUCCUCUCUAGUUGCCAUUACAAACAGUAAGUCUCAGCUUGAAGUGCUGACUUGAGCUGAAAAAAUUAAGAGAAGUAAUAAGAAACUUUUGCAAACAAUCAUAAAAAACAUAGUUGCAUUCAGUUUUGUAAAUUGAUAUGUAACCCUGCAGAUUCCUUUUUCUAGGCAAGAACAUUUAAUGAUCGUCAGUAUAUCAUGGAAGAGGCCAUCACUGGAGACUUUGCUCUCAUUAAAGCCUUGAAAGCUGACAAGGAAGGGAAUCUUACUUUUAGGUACAAAAAAACAUUUGACUCUUUGGUAGAGAAAUGAACUAACGCAAGUUGAAUUGGUUUGGACUAUUUCAAAUUAAUAUGCCAUCAUAAUGGUUCUUAACUAUGAUCGUAAUUAGCAAUAAAAUUGUUAUUUUGCUAGAUAUGUUUUUAUUUUGGAGACUGUAAGUUUUUUAAUGGAGAAGUAGUGGGAACAGGAGAGAUUUACAAUAAUUCUGAUAAAAUUUCAUUCAAAUUAUUUUUUUGAUUAUCAUCAGAAAAACUGCAAGAAAUUUCAAUGCACCUAUGGGAAAAGCUGCAAAGUUCACCAUAGCAGAGGUAAAUGUUGUAUAAAGAUUUAGCUUACAGGGAUUAACAGGGAGUGUAAGGUCUUCACAAAGAUACAAUAUGCAUUGUUUGUAGCAAGGAUGUAUGAAAUGGAAUAAUGUAUUGCGAUAUGACUUAAUGGAUAUUUGUCAGGCCAAAAAUGGGUUGUGUCCAAGCAAAAUAGUUUUGACUGUACAAUGUGACUGUCAUCUUCCAGGAAAAUGUUUCCAGCCUUGCUGAUCUAAGUACUGGUUUUAUAUCAUCAUAAUAUAUGAAUGGAUGUUCUUUUAUUUUUUCAAGGUUGAGGAAAUUGUGGAAAGUGGUGAAAUUCCAGAGGAAGAUGUUCAUCUUCCUGGUGUUUAUGUGCAAGGGAUCUUGAAAGGUUCACACUACCAGAAAAGGAUAGAGGUAUUUGUCUAGAAUCAUUAUGUAUUCAGGCAGAUUGAAUGACUAAAAUAAAUGAACUUACAAUACAAUACAGAUGGAUGGAAAAACAGACUCACAGAGAAACUGACGGCAUGAAUAACUGACUCACUGUCUGACAAACUAAUCUUAGACUAUUUUCAUAGAGGUUAACUGUGACCCAGGAUGAAGCAGACAAUGACAAACCCAAAUCACCUGGAGCUGAACUCAGAGAAAGAAUCAUAAAAAGAGCAGCUUUGGAGUUCAAGGAUGGAAUGUAUGGUAUCCUUGAUGAGGUUUUGUGUGGAAAAUUAAUUAAAACCAUCUGUAGUGCUGUUUUUUUAUUAUUGUUUACACAAUGAGAAGGCACUCUAAUUUGCAGUUUCUCAAGAGGGGAGGGGGAGGGGGAAUUGCCUCUCCUUGGGUUUCCCUGACAGUUAACCUACAACUAUUUAUAGUCCUGUUUAUUUCAGUGUGCAGCCAAAACAUGUUGUGCACAAAUCAUUUAAUCAUUGCAUGUACCUGUACAUCUAAGUGUAACCCAGUUGUUCAAGGGCUCUGGGGAGGGGAGGGGAGGGGGAAGGAAGAGCCCUGACUGCUUUUUAGCUUUGUUGCUGUUGUGUGCUGUAUUGUGAAGUAUUUUGUGUCCCUAUUACCCUGUGAAAUCUGCAGUUUGGCCUCUUGACUGUUUUGCAAAAUAUUAGCAAACCUUGGAAUAGGUAUGCCUAUGUUAGCUAGUAACUACAUACCUGAGGGAAUGAAUGUAGUUUUGCAAAGUGAAAAUGGAGUUCUUGGUCUGGUAAGUUAGUCUAUAGAUGUGGCUACAAUUUUUGCCUUUUAACCUUUGUUGGCUUAGCCUUAUAAUCUCGUGUUUUUUUCUGGGACUUUUCAGUUAGAUGAAGGGCAUUCGUUAUUUAAUUUAAGCAGUUCAGGAAAUCAAUAGUUUUGCAGGCUAUUUAAUUGGGAAUUAUACUGUGGGAUUAUAUUUGACUUGUGAUGUAACUAAUAUAUACCCAGGGGUCAGUUAUUUAAGGGUGUGAAUAAAUAUCACAUUUGAAUGUGUGUUGAGUUAGCCAAUCAAUUUGAGUGGUACUCCCUUUUGAAACAGCCAUGGGCGUUCUUUUUCUCUCAAUUCAAAAUUUGUAAUGAAUUAAAACUAGCACUUUGAUAAAGUGGUAAAAUGUAGUCUGAUCUGAACCAUGAAUGCAUGCCAUUAAUUUGAAAUCUUGAAUUGGAAACUGUUACUUUGAUGGAGGUGUAAAUCAACCCUGUCAGUCUGGAAGUAAUGAACAUUCAUUUUCAUAAGUAACUUCUCUUAAUAUCAGUUCAUUUUUCCAUAAACUGGUGAUGCAAAGACAACCCUUUCAUAUUAUUUGGUUAAAAUGAAGCCCAGCCAAACGUGGGCGAAAAGAGGAACGUGCACCUUCACCCUUUACACCUUCAUCAUCAAUAUGCAUAUUCUCCAUACUGUUCUUUAAACAGUUCAUAAGGUGCUGAUAAGGAGAAUGUAUUUAAAAAUCAUUUCUUUAGUCUUUGAUUAUUUCCUUUAUUCUGGUGACCUUAAAUGUGUGAUACAGGGUUAAAGGUUGUGGAAUGAAAAACUACUCCUCAUUGUUUCAUUGAAAUUGAUAGUUAAAGGCUUAAUUUUAGCUAAUGUUUACUUGACUGGGGUGAAUACUUCCUCAGGGUCCCUUUCCUAGACCUGGAGAGGUAGAUGCUGACCUCAUCAAUGCAGGUGAGUAAAAGAAACAACCUUUGCACUUGAUCAGAAAGGAAAGGCUAAACAAUCACAUGAACUGAUCGGAACAAAGGUUUUACAACGAGCCAUGAAAACUCAAAGUUAACACACCCAACCUUCCUGAAGUGUGGAAAAGGGAUUUUUUAAUCAUGAUUUGUUUUAGUUUUGCUUCUUGCUGGUUAAAAAGCAGGUGGAAAAGUUGAAAAAAAUGAAAAAUCCUGGAUAAGCAAAAGUAAAUAACUGCAACUCUGCACUGCCUUUCAUACUGGGUUUAAAGCUGCUCUAAACCUCAAACUUAAAAGCUGAACACUUCUAUCAUAGAAAGUCCUCCACCCCUUAUUCCUAGUCUUUUCAGAAUGCUUGUCAAACUGUAGACUCUUUUUCAGUAUUUCAUCAUCUCACUUGGUUUCAAAGACCUUACCUUACCUUACCACUGUUUUCAUUAAAAAAAUUGACAUGUGUUCAUGAAGGGAACACUAAGAACUGAAAUCUCAGUUACUGGGAUAUCAAUUUUCACCUGGGUCAUGUUCAUGGGGGAUUGGGGCCCAUAUUUCACAUACGAACAGGAAUUGAAUCUGAUAUCUACACUUUUGAGAGGGUUGGAAUUUCUUAUUGAAACAGAAUACAAAAAUUCUUCCCGUUUGCGGGCCAAGGCAAACGGGCCAAGGCAAACCUUUUUGGAAAGUAUUAGCAUUUGGAGUGGAUGCAAAAUUCGAUUGGUCAAUAGAUCGAAUUUAUAAUUCUCUUUGAUUGAUCAAUUGAUUAAUUGAUUGACUGGGUGAUUGACUGAUUUAGUGGAUUGUUGUUGGUCUUGAAAUCUACACACUUUUUACAUAUCAUGAGCGUGAUAAAAACUCUUAUCAUAAAAAUUAUUUCCUUGAUUGUGAUUGGCUGAAAAAACUCCUAUUUUCCGCUAAUUCACUUGGCACAUAGCUAUCAGAAGCUUGUUAUCGGACAGAUCAAUAAGCCGAUUACAUUCAAAGUUGUAGUUUAAAUCAACCAAUCACAAUUUUAAUCACCAUAGAGCGACAUUAAACAAUUUACGCCUCUUUUGUCAGUAUUUUAAUGCAAAUUUUCCCUUUCUUUCAUAACUUAGCUAUUCUUCUUUUCUCGAAAAUUGUAAUUUUUUAUGAUUAAUAAUGGUAAUAGGAACGAGUGGUGUCCAAUUCGGUCUGUAAUCAUACGAGUCAUUAACAAGAUCGGACAACCGCGAAGCGGGAGUCCAAUUUGUUAUCACUUCUGUAGUUACAGACCGUAUUGGACUCUACUCAGUCCUAUUACCAUGACUUGUAAACAGGAUUAUAAGUAACCAAAUGUGAGUAAGGAUGUUUCCGCAUUAGUGUUCCUAACAACUGAAAGUCAUUUUACCAUACAGACGGUCUUCCAUGACUGUAAACUUUGUCAGCUCUUCUUAAGAAUUUGGUGGUGUAUCAACGCGGCACUGCAAGUUGAUGUCAUUCUCAAUUCUUAAUGCCUGUCUGGUCAACACGACUAUUGAAUUCAACUAAUUAUUAUGAACUUGCCCUUAUCGUUUUAAUUGACAUUUCAAAAGCAUUAAAUGGCGCCUUUGAGAACUGGAAGAGAGGAAGGUAGAAUCAAAAUGGUUUUGCAAGAUUUUCUAAUGAUGAUUGUGUGAUUUGAAUAUUUGCAGGUAAAGAAACAGUAACUGUCCUUCCGGGCAGCUCGUACUUUUCCAGUGAUGAAUCGUUUGCCAUGAUCAGAGGGUAGGUGUUGUUAACCCUUUACACCCUAACAUCAGUAUGCAUUUUCUCCACACUGUUCUCUAUACAUUUUCUAUGAUACUGACAAAGGGAAUUUGUUUAACAAUCAAGAGCUUCUUUAGCUGGUGAUCAUUUCCUUUAUUCUCAUGACCUUAAUGUUUAUUUUAAGAGUAAUACUGAUAGGAGGAAAUAGUUACUAAUCUCUCUUAGAGGUUAGAGGGUUGACUGCUUGAAACCAUCACAAUUUUUUUUUAAACUAAACUAGUCAGCAGCACUUUACGAACAAUAAUUGUAAAAUUUCUUUAUUCUCCGACGCGUUUUGUCUAACUGUCGUAGACUUCUUCAGGGAGUUUCACAAGUUAAUACCAAAAGCCUGUUUUCACAAGUCAUGGUUAGCAGCUCUUACGGGGCCCCUUCAAAAAUGUUUUGCAAAUUUUUUAGGCAAGGCGAGAAAAAUAUUUGGGGGCCACGAUUGCAACGUGGAAUCUAUUUGUUUUGUACGGGACGUCAUCUAGGCGUCUGUCCUCCAAUAGAUCAUAAGUUAAGAACCGGUCGAAACGCGAGUGGCACACGAGGUGUAGCAAUUAAGUUGCUAUAGUAUAGGCAGAAGCGUAUAUCCUAAAACCAUUUCGGAAUGCUUGUGAGAUUCUUUAGAGGGCGUUACGAGCAAAUCAGAAUUUAUUUCUUAUUAUGGAGUUAUUUAUCUUCACUGUUCCUACGUAGGUUUAACAGUAACUUUCAUCGCGAUGCUGGGUAAAAUUAUAGUUUCAAACCAAAAUCUCGAACACGCAGGGGUCGCUUUGGCAUACAAAUAGUUAUGAUAUCUUUAACUGCUGAUUAUACGUAGGUAGAAACGACUCACUCAUUUAUUUGAAGCGCUUUGCUGGCGCUGUGAUGAGUUUGAUUAACAACCUAAGCACAGCACCACGUUUACGUCACUCAGCAACCACCUUAAAGCAAAGGAAUACACUCACUUGCAGCCAAUCAAUGGAGUUUAACAUUUCAGCAUUCAGCUCAUAAAGUUUUUAAUGAACGGCUGAAACCCAAUGAAGACGCAAUAAGUAUUGAACAAGUGCACCAUUCGUUUUGGCCCAAACAAGACACAAAACAACCCAUUUCGUUUUCAAUGAUAUGGAUGAUUUCUCUCCCCGCAAUAGUGUAGUUUGAUCGUCCGAGUGAGUGUAGUCCUGAGAAGGACUGUUGUCAAAUGGUGACUGAUGUUUCGACAACCUGAGCGGAAGUCAUCAUCAGAGUCAAGUGAAAGGUUGUUGUCAGUCGAAUGUACUUAGUCCGGUUUGUAUAAACUGAUUGGUCAGUUUUGCCGUGAUGUUAUUGGCUGUAAGACUCAAGUGGCGUAAGUCAGUCGUGAUUGGUCGGUUUGGAUCCGUUAGUGAAGUUAGGUCGUUCUGUUCGGUUCGUUUGUAAUGUUAAUGUCGUGAAUGAGUCGUUUGUAUGGUGCCAGUAGUGGUUGAAACCUGUUGAAGGGAGUCUGUUCCAAGUUAGUCAACCAGCUUUCCAGGGUCAGUCGUUGAAAGUAGUUGGUGCUGUAGGUUAGGCAUUGCGCAGAGUCCCAGUCAAUAGUGUGGUUCGUAAGUCGGUGAUGUUCAGCAAUGUGAUUGUUGACAUCGCCUUUCCUCGUCGCUCGUUUGUGUUCAGUCAGUCUAAUUGUGAGGUUUCUGCCAGUCUCACCGAUGUAGGAGGCGUGGCAGUCGGAGCAAUUGAUCAUAUAAACUGCUCCCUGUCUGUUCCUCGGUUCGUCUUUGUCUUUGACGUUAGUCGGUAAUUGACCUAGUGUGGUAAUAGGUUUGUGAGCGACGCGGAUAUUGAAUGGUUGUAGGAUGCGCGAGACGUUCUCAGAUAUGCCCUUUAUGUAUGGUAUAGUUGCUGUGGUCGUAGGAGUUGCUCCCUUAGUUAAGAAAAUUAAUGUAGCCCGAGAGGUAAAAUUUAAACUACGUUUCGCCAUAAAAAACAACAACGGCAAGAACUUGGUCAUCAGGCUUACAAGAGAAUAGAGGCUAGAUAUCUCUAGUUAUCUCGCGCACGCGCAUUUCACUCCCUUUAUCGAUUGUUACGUUAGUAUCGCGCAUGCUCAGUUUCCUCCUUUAGUUGAUUGUUUCAUCAGUACCUCGCGUAUUCUCAGUUUCCUCAAGUAUCUCAGAAAUUGUUAUCCGAUAUAGGACGUCAGAAGGAGUCUUACCAGUAGGUUAGAUUAUAGGAAAGGUAAGGUUAAAGUUAAAAGAUUUUUGUCUUGUUUUAUUGCAGAGGUCACAUAGAUAUCACUAUUCUUGGAGCUAUGCAAGUGUCACAGUUCGGAGACAUUGCUAAUUGGAUGAUCCCGGUAAGUAAUUAUAUCAAUAUAUAUCAAAAGGAACAAAUGAGAACUCAGUCACUUGUAGUCGGCCUGAAGCGCCUGUCGGUAAAAGCGAGCGAGCAGCGAUUGGUGUUUGUUUUGUUUCUGAUUAGUUGGAAAUGUUUGGGUGAGUUCUUUCGACCAAUUACAGAGUAAAACUAAAGCAAUGGCUGAUUACUUACAAAACUUAGCUGAAAAUAACUCCAAUUGCGACGGCCAUUACGAGCAAAUGUAACCAUAAGAAGCAGGCACAGAGAAGAACUAAACGCAUCAGCUGGCUGACAGACUGCUUUCAACAAACUGAAACUCUUUAAUAAAACCAAAUUAUCUGAUUGAUGGAUUGAUUGAUUGAUUGAUUGAUUGACAGGGCAAAAUGGUGAAAGGAAUGGGAGGUGCCAUGGAUUUAGUUUCCAGUGGGUCUAAAGUUAUAGUUACCAUGGAACAUCUGGCAAAGGUGGGUGUUCUAUCUUGCACUCAUAGUGCUUAAAUUUAAUUUUACCUUUUGGUCCGUCUAAGACUGCAAGCCGUUGCAGUAAAAAUAAUAAAAAAAAAGAUCUUAAAAGUGCAGGACCAAUUUCUGGCGAUCGUGUCCUAAGACCAGUUAAUUUGUGAUUUAAAAUCCAAAGUGGAUGAUGCGACAAUUCAUUGUCACCUUGUUCAUGUGUAUGUUUUUCUGCUACAGGGAGACAAACAUAAGAUCUUGGAAAAGUGUACACUUCCCUUGACGGGCACAAACUGCGUAAACAUGAUCAUCACCGAAAAGGUAGUUAAUUUAAGGUGGCUUUUUUUGUUAUAAAUACACUGCAAAAUCCUGGUAUAAUACCUCGGUACCUCGGCUCCAAUCUACGGUUUCCUAUCGGAGUUUCUGUGUACUCGAAGGCAAGUUAAGGAAGGAGUCGGAUCUUAAAGCAGGUUUCAAACGCCUUGCUAAAUCACAGUCAUUAGGUGCAAUUGUUGAGAAGCCUAACCGGUUCCUUUCUUUAUACAUGUUUACGAUAGCAUUACAGGAUAUUACCUGAUGCGCCUCAAUCAUCUUCAAAUAACUGACCGAUGGAAACGUCCUAGUUAUAUAAAAGUCAUACUUCCAGAACUUAUUAUUAAAAGAUUUUGCACGGUUAGAGAAUUCCCACCGGCUUCAAAAUCCAAUCUCUCUAACGAAUCUUAGCUACAUAAAAAAACUGAAAAUAUUAAGGUACGUCUACCAUAGACAAUAAACAAUCAAACUGGAAGGAAAACUGGACAAACCGAAAAAUUCCUAACUACAUCUGAAAACUAGCUUAAACGUGUGCUUGUAAGGGAUGAAGGAGAUUUUUUCACGCUGACAAAAUUUAACUCAAAGGAGAAGAUAUUGCACGUGCGUCUAAACAGAGGUUGAUCGAAUUACUUUGUGAUUGGUACUUCGGAUGCCCUAUUUCUGAGCCUUAGGAGGCUUGUUCAAGCCUGGCUAUUGAUUUAACUGGGUUCUUAUAGCUUACAUUUUGCAAACUUCGAGGAGUUGCAUGUCGAUGCAAUGCCUUCGUACGAUGCCAUCAUUUACUUUAAUAAGGUAUAAUUCCUUUGUGAAUUCCGUGUAUUUGUUAUAUAUGUGUUUGACUUUCAGUGCGUAUUUGAAGUAAGUAAAGAGAAUGGUCUCAUACUGACAGAGUUAUGGCCCGGAGUAUCUAUUCAAGAUAUACAAAUUUCCACUGGAUGUACCUUCCAAGUGAGCACGAUCCUUAAAUCUCUGGAAUUUUUAUUGUCGUUG